GGGCCCGAGUCUCACCUCUGGGUUGCAGUCAAGCAACAGCAUUCUCCACCUAAAGCAGAGGACGAGAGGCCCUGGGAGAGCAGAGCGGCGGGGCAGGCGCUGCGGACUGGCAGAUGUGUCUCCAGAAGGAGGAUGCCAUUUAGAGUGAGUGUUUAUAAAAAAUGUUGGAUGAUGACGAAGUGACCGAAUGAAUGCAAGAUAUGUGGACUGAGUCUUGAAAGACCCUCUCUGACUCUUCUUUCAAGCCACAGCAACAAAAACCUUGUGCAGUAUUGGAGCCACAGAGAGCAUCGUGAGUUCAAAGGAGGUAAGCUUGUUCCUGAUUGGUGAAAAGUCAGCUGUAACAGAACGCCAAGGAGUAAACAAAAAAGCAUAGCAACAACAGAGUUUGCUGUCUCACUACCCUCAGCCUAGGCCAACCUGGACUCCUUCAUCCCAAAUGACGUGGCCUCUACCUUUUAUAUGAAGGCUGCGAUUUUCCAUCCAACUGUGAUCCAUCUUAAAACAUGGCAGUCCAGUACAGGCGGGAAGAUAAAACUGAACAACACAGCUAAAAUAAAGUGUAUUCCCAGAAUACACAUUGUCAAAACAGGAUGAAGUUGACCAGUGAAAAGUUGCCCAAGAACCCCUUUUAUACCGCUCUCUCCCAGUAUGGUGCUAAGAACUCAAAAUUCUUCCAGUGGAGGAAGGAAAAGACUGAUCAUUAUGGCCAUGCUAAUUUGGUGGACAAGGCAUUGCAGCUCUUGAAGGAAAGAAUAAGACGGGGGGAUGCUAUGGCAUAUUUCCUACGAGGUCAACUGUAUUUUGAAGAGGGAUGGUAUGAAGAAGCAUUAGAACAGUUUGAAGAAAUCCAGGAAAAAGACCAUCAAGCAACUUACCAGCUAGGAGUAAUGUAUUACGAUGGGCUGGGGACACCUACAGACGCUGAAAAAGGAGUGGAAUACAUGAAGAAAAUCAUCCAUUCUCCAUGUCCCAAAGCAAGACACCUACAAUUUGCAGCUGCCUACAACCUUGGAAGAGCUUAUUAUGAAGGGAAAGGUGUCAAACGAUCAGAUGAGGAAGCUGAAAGACUGUGGCUUUUUGCUGCAGACAAUGGAAAUCCAAAAGCUAGUGUGAAAGCUCAAAGUAUCCUAGGAUUGUAUUAUUCCACAAAAGAACCCAAAGAAUUAGAAAAGGCAUUUUAUUGGCAUUCAGAAGCGUGUGGCAAUGGAAAUCUGGAGUCCCAGGGUGCACUUGGGCUGAUGUAUUUUUAUGGACAAGGCAUCCGCCAGGACCCUGAAGCUGCCUUGCAGUGCUUAAGGGAAGCGGCAGAACGUGGAAACGUCUAUGCUCAAGGGAAUCUCGUGGAGUAUUACUAUAAAAUGAAAUUUUUUACUAAGUGUGUUACAUUUUCCAAAAGGAUUGCUGACUACGAUGAAGUUCAUGACAUCCCUACGAUAGCCCGGGUCACAGACUGUCUCCCGGAAUUCAUCACCAGAGGCAUGGCCAUGGCAUCCUUCUACCACGCCCGAUGUCUUCAGCUUGGCUUGGGGGUCACAAAAGAUGAAGCGACAGCGAAACACUACUAUUCUAAAGCAUGCCGUCUGAACCCUGCAUUGGCAGAUGAACUUCACUGUUUACUUAUACAUCAAAGAAUUUAGAUCAUAAUGCGUUUCAACAAAGACCAUCAACCCUGGCACCUUAGAACGGGUCUCCUUGCCAUGUCACACCAUCAACAGUAUUUCAUAUUUAACAUUAUAAUCAGACGACUUGGAAACAGUCUGCUUUGCUGAAGUACAAAAACUAAGCAGUCACACAAAAAGGUGAUGCGCAUCUGGUCUGAGAGAAGGACGGACUGCGCGCUGGAGGCAUGGUUUUUCCCUUUUCUUUUACCAAACUGAACAACUGAACAGUCAGAUGACAAUGAAGCACAGUACAUAAAUGGGGUGAGAGUUAUAAGCAACAAGAAUGAUUAAGUAUGCAACCCCCACAUGUGAACAGAAACGUAAAACUGAAUUAACAGUAAAUCCUCUGGUUGCCUUUCAAUUACUCACAAAUAACAGAUGCUUAUUGGCUCUUGUUUCCUGCAGUGCGUUGAAGAUUUUUAUUAUACCAUGCCGGGCAUUUUGCUGUCCAACGAGGCUCUGAAGCGUAUCUGAAAAAUCAGGUUUACAUUCUGUGCUACUACUGACAAAAAGUUUACAAUCCACGCAUAUUCAGUGAAGGAGACAGGACACGGUGUACCCACAACAAAUAAAGGCACUGGGGCAGGAGGGACAUAAACGAUCAGUUCUCUCAAAUGUUUAAAGAGAAAAUAAGUCUAUUUAGAAGUUUUCGACAUCAGGCAUUUAUACAAAUUACAAUUUGAAUACAUUGCUACCCAAUUCAAAAGUAACCUCUCUAAACCGUGUACUCUGGCAGGAUUUUUAAAGCACAAAACUUACUAUCUGUUCUAAAACAUUUUUCUAAUUAAAAAAAGCAUUACAACCAC